AUGCGUUUCACUCUGUUUUGUGCAGCCGCUUUGGCAGCAAGCCCUGCAUUCGCCAGUGUUUGCAAGCCCCGUUCUUUAAGUGGUUCAACCACUGCCUCCGUUGAGUCUGCCAUUUCAAGCCUCCCUUCUGCUACGAGCACCGAGCUUCAGACUACUGUGACGGGUACCAUGACAGCCACUUCCGCCGACCUGUUGAGCACCACCGCGACGUCAACCUCAAAUGAUGACUCAACGACAGAAGCAGCAACCACUGCCGCAACAACUUCCCCAGCAGAGACCACCGACCUCGAAGCAUCCACCACGACCGCUGAAGCCACCACAAGCGAAGCAGCCUUCGAACCAGUUCCUACCUUCGACGUUGUUGGAAAAGGCGCUCAAGUAGAUGACGUAAACGGAAACAUCUUGUGCAUUCAAUAUGGAGAGGAUGGGGAUGCUAGCUUGCUCAGGACCUGCGACAACAAUAUGCUCAACCAGCCAGAUUAUGCCCCGGUUACGUGUGAGCAAACGCGCGAUCAAGAGCUUGACUGUUCUGUUCCUGCGAAAACCUGCACUCUUGACUUUGAUACUUUGGAGACUAUUUGUACUACGCUCACGGGGACGUUCGAUAACUUCUACACAUACUCUGGUAGGCAGGAUGGGAUAUUCUUGUCAAUGGCGGGGGUUACCAAUCCCGGUGCAAACUACCAGGCUGUCGUGCUUGCAAUUACACCUAGCGGGUCAAAAUAA